AAGCUCAGAUUACAUCAAGGCAUUACUUAUGGUCUGUGUUUGAGGUGAAAUCUAAAGCAAGUGGGUUAACUGUUGUCCUGUAGCUCUCACAUAAUUUUAUUGUGUGACCAGAAAAUCUUCCCUGGGAUCCUGGCAGAGCCAGCCUGCCCUGCCUUUCCUAUUUUUGCAGAGCAGUUGCAGGAUCUUGCUGGUAAUUAUCAGACUUGUUCCUCUAGCAGCUGUUUCCUCAGAAACCACAGGAGCUGAGAGGAAGCUUUUUCUUAGGGAGUUCUGCUUCCAGCUGCUGCAUGCAGAAAUCUCCCUUCAUCCCUGUAUCACUUCUUUCCUACAAGUAUGUUACCAGUUUGUUUCUCAGCUACAUCAAUCCCUUGGUUUUCCUGAUUUUCACUUAAAACACCUGUCAGUUGCUGCCUCUGUUCUCCCAUAAGGUAGUCAUGCAAGGCAAGGUUCCAAUUUUAGCAUCUUCCACUCUUAAAUAACUCCUUAGUACUUAAAUUCACCUGUGAAUUUAAAACACUGUGAAGUAGUUUAGCUGCUUCAGCAAAGGACGUUUCGUGGCCCUUGAUCACAGUUCUAGCCCAAACAGUACAAAAAGACAAGAUAUCCUUGAGGAGAGUGUGGUGAUCCAGGCACAGGGAGAGUGGCCAGGGAACAGCAUUUCUCAAAAGCUGCAUUUCAGCAUUUUGUCAGCGUGAACCUUGAGUCACAGUUUCCACACUACUUUUUCAAGUCUCUCUCUCCUGGAUGUUUACACAAAUGCACGUGGCAUUUUUAAAUAUGAAGAAAGACUGGCAUUCCAUUAGGCUCAAUUGUGUAACAAUUUUCCAAAACCACCAAAUUAUUGCAGCCAAAGAAAAUUUGCCAGAAGAUGCUGAGUGCUAGAACCAGAAACUUAAGAUGAAAAGCUUGAAUAGUUCAUCCUACAAAUCUGUUACUUGGCCAAACCCUCUCCACUUCCCACAGUCUGCUGUGUAUUUUGUAAUCUUUUAUCCAAAUCUUUUAUCCAAACCGUGUCUGCUGUGGCAAAAGCAGGUGUGGGAAGCAGUCUGGAGCAGUGGAUUACUGACAGUCGUGUCAGCUCAGUGCUGCUGUCAAGUUUCACUUACAGUCAUCAAACAGAUCUGGAAAAAAACGAGAAGCAGAUUUGUGUGGUUGUUGUGAUGUGUUGUCACCUCAGUCAAAGCCCCGCCAGCAGGAGCUCCGUGCACUUGUACCCUGCCCCAGCAGCUGUGUUGCAGCACACAGCACAACCUCGGGCAAGACAGCCCAGACUGGAAUGAGAGGCACCCACAGCUGUGUCUGGAGAUGAUGUGCUAAAAAGGAAACACAGAAGUUCACAAAGAAGAAAUUUCUUGAAUGAGAAGGGUGACCAGGAGCGCUGUUUGUCACCUUCAGCCAGGAUGUUGUCUCACAUCUGCCUGAACUGGGCUCUCCUGGUGCUGCUCACAGGCUCUACAGUAUCAGGAUUUAUUGUGAUGGGAGAGGCGGGUCAGAACAUCACCGUGCCCUGCCACUACAGUGUUAGGAACAGAGACAGCAUCACCUCCAUGUGCUGGGGUCGGGACAGGUGCCCCAGUUCAAAGUGUUCCCAGCCCAUUAUCUGGACAGAUGGCUGGAGGGUGACAGAGCAGCACAGCAGCAGGUACCAGCUGAAAGGGGACCUGCAGAAGGGGGACGUGUCCCUGACAAUCGUGGACGCCAGGGAAACAGACUCUGGGAGCUACUGCUGCCGUGUGGAGAUCCCAGGGCUGUUCAAUGAUCAGCUGAUUAAUCUCGAGGUUGUGGUGAGGAAAGCAAGGAUCUCUACUGCAAGUCCUCACACUUACACCUCUGAACAGACCUCAGGUCCUGGCAGCACCAGUGAAUCCUCCUCCACUGUCACAAGGACCUGGCCAUCAGAUUCUGCUUCAGAAGCUCCUCAGACUGCCUCUACUCCCUGCUCAGGCCCCUCAGACUGCCUGGAUGUGACUGCAAACCUGCAGAACACGUCUGUGUCACUGCCCCGCCAGCAGCACCCAGAGCAUGGGCUGUACAUUGGGCUUGGCUUGUGUGCAGCACUUCUGCUCCUCCUGAUUUUGGCUCUGCUCCUCACUAAACAAUAUUUUUACAACACGAAGAAGAUGGGUGGUUCUGCAGGCUUUGUUGCAUUUUGGAGUCCACAAGGUGUGGGAAGCCACAGUGCCCUGGAAGAGGAGAAUCAUGCAGAGGAAAAUAUUUAUAUCAUACACUAAGGACUGGAUGCAUGGCUGCCUUUGUCAUUGCUGGGACAUUAAACAGUUUGCAAAAUGUUGGCUGUUCCCUCUGCUCAGCAGCUGAACGUGACUGCACUACUGAAGCAUUAUUCACAUCCUAAUAAUAAAACAAACAAAAGCUACACUUUAAAUUAAAAUCUUUAUCAGCCUUUUCCAGAGACAGAAACCAAAACUGGCAUUGGUGGAACUUUCCAUUUCCUAAAGAAAGUUAUGAUUGUAUUUAUUAUCUGCUUCAAAUUCUCGCUUCCUUGUCGGAAAAAAAAAAAGAGGAAGUGCCAGAAGGGCACAAUUGUGUUCACUGUGGGUUCUAUCUGCCACCUUCCACAGAGUCUGUGCCAUCAGAGGGCAGAAGCAAUCUAAGAGCUGUGUGACAAAGAGGUCACAUGGCCAGUCUUGGUAGUAUUAGUAGUUUAAUACAGACUUAGUUGUAUUUUCAUUGAAAUCAGGUAUGGCCUGUUCUGGUAACAGCUCAGCAAUGCAAUAUAUUAAUGUCUGUCCACCUGGAAUUAAAUCUGGAGGAGCUAUGGCUGCUCACCCCAGAGGGGAUAUCCUUGAAGCCUACAGCAUCAGUACCUCAAUGGGCAGAACAGUCACAGCUUGUGUGCAGAGAAUUAUGACUAAGUGUGAGUUUUUUUGACAAAGUACAUCACUGUUUUCCUGUGGCUUUCUCUCUGGGCACAUCUUUUCCCUGAGAAGCCCUUGGGGUGGAAAGUCUCACCUCAAAGUCUAAAAAAUCUGAACAACCUUUCCCCCUGCCUUUGUAAAGUUAAUGAAAUUAUUUUCUUAGCCUGCAGAGAAAUCAUGGACAUUGCACAAAAUAUUGUCUGGAAGUUGGCCUUGCCUUCACACAUCUCUAGAUAUCAAACUGCUCUUAAUUCCUAAGAAUGUUGAAUGUGUUUGAUGGAUUUUACCUCAAAAAUGGGAAAUAUCUGUGGCCAAGUGCCUUUCCUCUAUUGCUCUUCAGUUAGUGAUGUGCCCCAGCUUUUAUUCUCUGUAAAACUAAACUUUGGUUUACUUUAAAUAAAUAAAUAAAUGGA